CUCCCAGCUGGGAAACCUUGGAGACUGGGAAGCUGAACACUCCCUGUAUUGCUCAAUGCAGAGAAAUUGCUAGUUGCAUUAUGUUCUAGAUAUUUCACUUUACCCAGUCAUUACUUAGGAUGUAUUAAGUGGACAGAGGCAACAGAAUUGUGUCGAUUUGGACAAAACCCAAGCCAGGCUUUCUAAGGCUACCAGACCUACAGAGAUGGCAAGUCACUGCUUCUUCCACCCUCUGAUUUUCCUAGCUCUGGCUUUGGUUUGUGAUGUUUUCUCAGAGUCUGCUGAACACAACAGCCACAAGCGUAUGAGGAGAGAGUGGGUCUGGAAUAACCUACACAUCAGGGAAAAUCUGAAUGUGACACUUCCACACCAUGUUGGGAAGAUCAAAUCAACCAUUCAGAAUCCCAAUGCAAAGUAUGUUCUCGAAGGAGAAGGCGCAGGGACUUUAUUCCGAGUCAAUGACCAUACAGGAGAUGUGGCUGUGAAUGAAAGGCUGGACAGAGAAAAGAAAGCCAUGUACCAGCUGAAGGCCCUCAUUAUUGAUCGAAAUAACAAUCGACAACUGGAACCACCGUCCACGUUUCAUAUUGUGGUCCUGGAUGAUAAUGACAAUGCCCCGGUGUUUGAACAAAAAGUCUUCAAUGGAUCUGUUGCAGAAAUGUCACCAUUAGGAACUUCAGUUACCAAAGUGACCGCUGUAGAUGCCGAUGACCCAACCAUCCAUGGCCACGCUGACGUUUUCUACAAAGUCAUUCAGGGGAACCAGUACUUCAGAAUAGAUAAGUUUGGGACAAUUUACACAGCUGCACCUGAUAUGGACAGAGAACAAAACUCCACAUAUACAAUUGUAGUGGAAGCAAUGGAUGGCAAAGGUCUACGCUCAGAAGAAUCAGGCACCGCUACAGUUCUCAUUCGAUUGAUAGAUAUCAAUGACAACUUCCCAACGUUUCGGCGAGAUAGCUUCACUUUUGAAGUCCCUGAAAAUAUCAGGUUAGGGGGUAAAGUUGGAAGCCUGGAAGUUGAUGACAUUGAUGAGCCACAGAACAGGCAUACGAAGUACAGUUUCGUACAAGGGCCUUACCAAGACACCUUUGAAAUCGAACCCAACCCUCAAACAAAUGAAGGAAUAAUUCGACCCAAGAAGCCGCUGGAUUUUGAAAAGAUAUCCACGUACAGAUUUACUGUUGAAGCGACUGAUGCCGACAUUAACUACUCGUAUUCCCGCACAAAAGGGUCCAAAAGUCUUGCGAGUGUAACCAUCAAAGUGAUUGACGUUGAUGAACCUCCUGUCUUUGCUCAAUCAUCAUAUAGAUUUGCAGUAAAAGAGGAAAGUGUUAGCAAAAAAUCUAUUGGAUGUGUUUCUGCAACUGAUCCCGAUAAAGCAAAACGAGAAAUAAGGUAUUCUGUUCUAAGAUCGAAGUAUUUUGAAAUAUCAAGCAGGGGAUGCAUUUUUGCCACGAAACUCCUUGACAGAGAAGAAUAUGCCUGGCAUAACAUCACUGUGGCAGCCAAUGAAGUGGGCCAAAACAAUAUGGUGGUGCCUAACUUAGAGACUCAUGUACCAGUCUACAUUAAAGUUGAUGAUAUUAAUGACAAUGCACCAGAAUUUGCUGAACCGUAUGAUCCUCGUGUGUGUGAAAAUGCUGCACAAGGAAAGGUAAUCAUUCAGAUUUCUGCUGUGGACAAGGAUGAAAUGUCACCGGGACUGAAAUUCAAGUAUUCCUUGGUCUCUGAAGACAGCAACUUCACUCUUGUUGAUAAUCAUGAUAAUACCGUGAAUGUCACUGUCAAAUACGGACACUUUAAUCGAGAGCUAGUCAAAACCCAUUACUUGCCUAUCAUCAUCUCCGACAAUGGUUCACCUCAGCAGAGCAGUACGAGCACCCUUUCCAUCCGUAUCUGCAAAUGUGAUGAGGAAGGCAAUGUCAUCUUGUGUGAUGAGGCAAUGAAACAAGUUGGAGUCACCAUCCAAGCCCUGAUGGCUAUUUUCGUCUGCAUUAUUACUGUCAUUGUGAUCAUGCUGCUUAUAGCCUGGAGGAAGAGACACAAGAAAGAUCUGAAUGUUCUCAAGAAGAAUGUGGAAGAGAUCCAUGAGCAGCUGGUGGCCUAUGAUGAAGAAGGCGGUGGUGAGAUGGAUACCAACAGUUAUGAUGUGUCGGUCCUCACCUCGGCACGCCAGAAAGGAAUGAUGUCCCCAAGGAUGACCAUGGAGCCCAUGCCAUGUACCUACAGCCAAGUCCAAAAAGUCCCUGAACAUGGACUUUCAGGUACUGGAGAGAUGGGCAUUAUGAUCGAGAUGAAAAAAGAUGAUGCCGACAACGAUGGAGGUUUACUACCCUUCGAUACUCUCCACAUAUAUGGUUAUGAAGGUGCUGAGUCCAUUGCAGAGUCUCUCAGCUCUUUGGGAUCUGGAUCUUCAGACUCAGAUCUUGAUUAUGAUUUCCUUAAUGACUGGGGCCCCAGGUUUAAAAUGCUAGCUGAACUCUAUGGGUUGGAGCCCAAUGAGGACCUCGCUUAUUGAAUGAGUGUUGUCAAUAGAUUUUCCCAAACUUUUAGCAAUACUGUCAUUUCAGAAGACAGGGCCAAUCAGGUCUUCAUGCAUUUUCCUUACACAGAGAAGGUUUAGAUAAUCAGGAUAAUAGAAACCAAGAAUGAAACCAGGGUCAUAGAAACAAGACUAAGAUAUUGCAUCUUUUAAACCCCAUUGCAUCGUGAGGGAUUUGAAAUGCUUAUUGCGGAGAUACAUUUUAUUUAAAACAUAAUUGUGCUCGUCCUGUUGAGUGAAAGCCUUCUGGAUUUCCAUGCUCUGUAACUACAGUAGAGUCUCACUUAUCCAACAUAAACGGGCCGGCAGAAUGUUGGAUAAGUGAAUAUGUUGGAUAAUAAGGAGGGAUUAAGGAAAAGCCUAUUAAACAUCAAAUUGGGUUAUGAUUUUACAAAUUAAGCACCAAAACAUCAUAUUAUACAACAAAUUUGAAAGAAAAAGUAGUUCAAUAUGCAGUAAUGCUAUGUAGGAAUUACUGUAUUUACGAAUUUAGCACCAAAAUAUCACGAUGUAUUGAAAACAUUUACUACACAAAUGCGUUGGAUAAUCCAGAAUGUUGGAUAAGUGAGUGUUGGAUAAGUGAGACUCUACUGUAUUCUAACUGAUUUCAUUCUCAGUGAAAAUCUCUCAUCGUAUUUGUUCUCUCAAGAGACUUGUGACAAGGCAUCUUUACUGAUGAGGAAAUGCAACUCAGGUCCCAUGUACACUGCCAUAUAGUGCAGUUUAAUCUCAUUGAAUUGCAUUAUAUGGUAGUGUAGCUUCAUAUAAUAAUAAUCAUCAUCAUUUAAUUACUUAUUAAUCGCCCUCCAUCCAAGAUGCUCUAGGCGAUUUACAAGAUAAAAUUGUAAAGGAUAAAAACAUACAUACAAAUAUUGAUAAAAUUAACAUAGAUUAACAUGAAUAGUUAGGGUAAUUUUGGAGAGAUCCUAUGGGUCAUUCCAUGCCAAGUGAUCUAAACCUUCCCACCACCAUGUUCUCCAAUUUUGUUCAAAUGUUAGCUGUAGCAUCAGUCAGGUAUUAAACUAAGUUUCCCAAAAAUUUGAGGUCUCUAAGGAAAGUUUACAUUACUUUUAACAGUUGCAGUGAUGUUAGUAACUAAAUGCUUGUCACAGUGAUGAGCUCUUGAAACAUUAACUAAUCAGUUUUACAAAACAAAAUUGGAAACAUAACUUCCUUUUUUGUUGUAACAUUAAUGUUCAGUUCAUAUUAGCAACUGUAUUACACUAAAAAGAGCAUAAUUCUUGAGCCUUAAGAUUUGCUGUAGGACUAUACGAAUCUUCUGUUUCUAUGUGGUUCUGUUGCUUGCCCCAAAAUUCCUAAAUGUGAUAAAUAUGGCUGUGGCGCAGGCGGGAGAGCAAGCCAUUUGCAAUUAACUGCAAUGAAUCACUCUGACCAGGAGGUAAUGAGUUCGAGGCCCGCUCGGAGCCUAUGUUUGUCUUGUCUUUGUUCUAUGUUAAAAGGCAUUGAAUGUUUGUCUAUAUGUGUAAUGUGGCGCAGGCUGUUGAGCAGCCUGCUGCAAUAAAUCACUCUGACCAUGAGGUCAUGAGUUCGAGGCCAGCCUGUGGCGGGAUUAGCACCCGUCAAUAAUAAAUAAAAAAUAGCCACUGCUCGUUGCUGACCUAGCAAGCCGAAAGAUAGUUGCAUUUAUCAAGUAGGAAAUAAGGUACCACUUAUAAAAGUGGGGAGGCAAGUUUAACUAAUUUACGACUUGGAAUGAGGAAGUGCCGUCAGAGUGGAUGAUGAAGCAGCUGCUCCCCCCUGUGGCCAGAAUCGAACAUCCCCUCAGAAGAAGGUUAAAUUGCCUCUGUGUCUGUCUGUCUCAGUCUCUGUUUGAUGUGUUUAUGGGCAUUGAAUGUUUGCCCGAUGUGUGUAUAAUGUGAUCCGCCCUGAGUCCCCUUUGGGGUGAGAAGGGCGGAAUAUAAAUACUGUAAAUAAAUAAAUAAAUCCAAUAGUUUGUGAUCUAGACCCCCUUAUCUGAAGGUUAGUCAGUCUGCGUGUGAACAACAUUUAAGAAAAUGCAGUGUUUGGGGUCUAAUAAAAUUGAAACUAAAUGGAUAAAAAUGGUUAGUAAAUUGAAAUCCUGUACAGUUGUUUCUGCUGAUUCCAAUGAAAUUAAUUUCACAUUAUGGAUGCAAAAUCUAGACAAACAGGUUGACUCAAAGUAUGCAUCAAAAUGUGACAAAAUGCAUCAUUGUGACAAAUUUUGGGCAAUAUUCAGACUGCAACAAUUUUCAUGCAAACGAAGACAUGGUCUUGAAAUUUUGACCAAGCAUUAUGCUUGUGCUGGACAUAAUACUGCCAAAUUUGCAACUGCCCAGUAUCUAUAAACACCCUGCAGGAUCUCUUUAAAUUUGGCACUUUCAGCUCAAAUGGUAAAACCUACCAAAGUUCAAAAGCAUAUUAUUUUUUUUAAAAAAGA